AAUCAGUUCAAAUCCGUCGUUAUGAAGUCGAGCAUGUGUGUUUUGGUAUUCUACUUAGCGGUGGUAAUAACUGCUGAAGAAUGGCGGGAAGUGAAAAUUGCGCAAGGAACACUGCGCGGACGCAAAAAUCCCGAAAAGGAUGUGUUUGUUUUCUACAAUGUACCCUACGCGACCGCUCCUGUUGGAAAAAACAAGUUUAAGACAGACAAAAAUAAUCUCUCGGUUGUCGUGUACGUACACGGGGGUGGCUUCAUUGUAGGGUUUGGUAAUAUGAUGAAACCACUACAUUUACUAGACAAGAAAGAUAUAAUCCUCGUCACAUUCAACUAUCGACUCGGUAUUCACGGAUUCUUAUGUCUCGGUACCGAGGUCGCACCAGGCAAUGCUGGCAUGAAGGACCAGGUAGCACUGCUAAAAUGGGUACAUCAAAAUAUUGCUAGUUUUGGCGGUAACCCUGAUGACGUCACCCUCGUGGGUAAUAGUGCAGGUUCUGCAUCAGUGGAUUUGCUAAUGCUCUCUAAGUCAGCAGAAGGAUUAUUCCACCGAGUCGUACCUGAGAGUGGUGGUAAUCUUGCCGCUUUUACAAUUGCAAGCGAUCCUGUGGAAAACGCCAAAUCGUUUCUAAGGCAACUUAACUACACUGAUGUAGAUGACAUUUGUGAUGUGGAGGAGUUCUACAAGACGGCUUCACUUCAAUUAUUAACUUCAGAUGCAUUUUUCGAAAGAACUGAUUCUACCUUCCUAUUCUCGCCAUGCGUAGAACGCGAUACCGAAGGUGCUUUCCUGACAGAAGCUCCUCUGAGUAUACUAAAAAAAGGAAACUUCAAAAAGUUACCUCUGUUAUACGGAUUUGCUAACAUGGAAGGACUGUUUCGUAUUGAUUUCUUUGAUAGCUGGAAAAACAAGAUGAACGAAAAGUUUUCUGAUUUCUUGACACCUGAUUUGAAGUUUCAAUCCGAAAGUGAAAGAGAACAAGUUUCUAAUAAGAUUAAAAAGUUUUAUUUUGGUGAGAAGCCGGUGGGCAAUGAAAGCGCGAUAGCCUUUGUCAAUUACUUCUCUGAUGUUUUGUUUACUCACCCUAUGCUUUGGGCAGCGAAAUAUUACGUCGAAGGUGGAAACAGUCAGGUUUACUUGUAUGAAUACUCAUUUGUUGACGAAGACUCUACCCUGGUGCCCUAUACUGACAUACGAGGAGCAACCCACUGCGCACAAACAAUCGCAGUAGUAGAUAUUGGCGACGAAAGCAAAUUGUCACAGAAAUAUCAGGAUAUGAAGAAAACUAUGCGGGAGAUAUGGUACAAUUUUAUUAAAACUGGAAAACCGGUACCCGAAGGUUCAUCCUUGCCUGCGUGGCCAGCAGCAGGUCCUGACAGAUCACCAUAUAUGAAGUUAAAUGAAAAAUUGGAACUAGGUGGGAUCCUCUUAGAAGAACGCACUCAGUUCUGGGACGAUAUUUAUGGAAAGUAUUACCGAGACCCCGCGGCACCUCCAGCGUCACCGAAAUGCCAAGAAAAAUCGUAAAAAGAAAUUAAUUGACCUUUACCUAUACCUAUA